CCUCCCCGUCCCCGUCCCUCUCCCUUCCCUCCCGGCCCCGCUGCCAGGGGCGAAGCCGCCCGCCGGGCCCCGCGGCUUUUUUUUCUUGGAUUUUAUUACUGGAAAACUCUCUAAUGACAACUUUGCUUAGGAGCUGAGUGUUGUGGCCUGUCCUACUUCUCCCUGCUCGGCGUGGGAACAACCUGAGGACGAUCUUGGAGCCACCUGUACUGCUUCAUGCAGUUAAAUGUUCUGAGGUCAUGAAACUUAAUCCACAGCAAGCUCCAUUGUAUGGUGACUCUGUUAUUACAGUGCAGCUGACUGAGGAAGAUAAAGUUGAAGAUGAUGUAGUUUUUUAUUUGGUCUUCACUGGGUCGACUGUCCAACACUGCACAAGCACGAGAAAGAUUAAUCCUGGAAGUCUGGAGACAAUUUCUCCUGGCCAUGACUGCUGUGAGACAGUGAAGGUGGCACUUUGUGCCUCUAGAGAAGGUCACCCCAUUCUGGUUGUGGCAGAAGAGAGUUUCCAGUUUGUCCAGGACGAAGCCUACGAUGCCGCCCAGUUUCUGGCCACCUGUGCUGGCAACCAGCAGGCGCUGAAUUUCACACGGUUCUUGGACAGGUCAAGGCCACCUGCUGCAGACGUGGACUUUCUGGAUGAGAAGGUGGCCUUGGCAUUUCGACACCUGAAGCUGCCGGCAGAAUGGAACGUGCUGGGAGCAGACCAGUCCCUGAGCGAGAACAUCCCUCGGGAGACACUGAUGCAUUUUGCGGUCAGGCUGGGUCUGCUGCGCCUGACGUGGUUUCUGCUCCAGCAGCCGGGUGGAAGAGGAGCUCUCAGCAUCCACAACAAUGAAGGGGCAACGCCUGUCAGCUUGGCCUUGGAGAGGGGCUACCAGAAGCUGCACCAGCUCUUGACAGAGGAGGGAGCCAGGGAGCCGGACUCGUGGAGCACCCUGUCUCACACCGUGCACUCGGGGGACUACAGCGUGAAGCACCACCGCGGGCUGGGCGUGUACCUGCUGACAGCUGAGGCCACGGAGGGGACAGCAGCCAACUGGGAGAGGGACAUCCAGCACCUGCAGAUGCACAUGCAGAGCCACCAGCACCAGAGUUUAAGGCAGCAGACAGAGCCCGUACUGGGAGAUUCUGGAGAGAGCUGUGCUAAAGGAGCAGAGGCUCAUAUGACCACCACCUCUCAGAGCCUAGAAGAUAUGGCAAAAGAAGAAAAGCAAGAAAACCCAUCUGAUCUGGUUCACCUGGACAUCAGGCAGCUCUCAGACCAAACCCAGCAGGAGGAGAAAUGCAGCAGCAGCAGUCUGGGAGCUUUUAAUGAUGCACCAAAAGACAUGGUUAGGCCGGGGGGUGCAACCAGCCCAGCCAGCUUCUGUGAAAGUAAAAACACAGAGAUAUUGUGUAAAAAGGAAGGAGAGGCGGGGCUAAGAUCUGCAGAGGGCUCUGGGACCGUAUCAGAUGAGGACUGCACUGUGAGCCUGUGUGCAAGUGUAAAUGGUGCUGUAAAUCUUCCAUGCUCUGGAAAUACAAAUGAGGAAGCUGGAAUGACAUCGGCUGGAGUUGUUCUGGAUCAGGCUGGCGUGAGCAGCACAGACAGUGCCCAUCAGGAAGUGCAAACUGCAGAGGAGCUUGCUGUCAGUGCUGCUGCUGUGGCUGCAGCUGCAGGUGAAGCCCCAGCUCCCUCGGAGGGCCUGGAUGUGGCCAUGGGCCAGACUGAGUGCAGGAACUGUGCCGGGGCACCUGAGAGGGCUGAGGGCCAGCAGCAGGCAGAGGAUGGGCUGGCAGAGCCUGCUGAGAGGACUGCAAGGCUGGAAGAGAAACACCCAGCUAAGGAAGAGUCAUCCAGCACUGCUCAGCCCUUUCUCAGUGGUUUCAACGGCACUGAGUGUUCGGAUGGGGAGGAUGCAAAUGUGGGAGUGGUACCGGCCUGUGACGGUGCAAAUGCAGGUGGUGACACUGGCAGUGUCUCUGUUGACCUUUGCAAGACCAGCAGUAACAAAGAGACUGAUGUGGACUCGUGCACUGCUCAGGUAAAUGGUGACUUCACGGAAAGCCAGGGUGAUGGCAGUGUCACAGCGAGGCAGGAGGUCACUGCAAGCACUGUAGAAGCACUGCCAGCAGUGAAUGGGGUGAAGGUUCCUGCAUGCACAUCAAAACCUGCUGCUGGUUUGGAAGUCCAUGGCAGCAGUGAGAGUGGGGAGCAAGAAGGGCUGGUGGAAGCAGGCUGCACAGAUGGAAAAUCCAGCCUGCCUUCACUGGAAGGCAGUGUGGAAACUGAUGGCCCUGAUGCUGAAUCUGCAAACAGAGAUGUUGGUGGAUCUAAUGAAAGUGGUGCAGAAGCUGCACAUUGCCAGGAGAGUGUUGAGAUCACUGACCAUGGGGCUGCAGCCAUGGAGAGCAGUGAAAAGGAGCCAGUAGGAACUGAUACCAGCAGCUGCAGAGAUGGAGGAAGCAGAGAUUCUGCAGGCAGUGGUCAGGAAGUUGCUGCCUGUGCCCCUUCUGCUGCUCAAACUGGUGUUAAAGGUGAAAUGGGCAACAGCUUCAAACCAGACACUGCUCAGCAGGGUGAACGUGAGGAACGUGAGCCUGCGUCGCUCCCUCCAGAGGAUGUGAGUGCAGGCCUGGCAGAGAAAGAGCCUGCCCAGGCUGGAGCAGAGAAAGCAGAAAGCACUUCAGAGCAGGAGGGGAGGAGCAGCAAGGUGGAAUCUCCCCUACCCAGAGGAGAGGGGCCAGCUGUGAGUCAGGAGGGAGAUGCUGCAGUGGCACCUCCCGGGCAGGAGGCACCUCUGCAAGGUAAUGACCCUGGAUCAUCUCCAUGUGCCAAGGGCUCAGACUGUGCCGAGGAUAAUUUAAUGGGCACACCCUCUGCAACUCAUAAUGAGGAAUCUAAACAAAACCAGGAAGCGGUGGCGGCGAGGGCAGGCUCGGCAGAGCUCGCCUGGCAGCACGGCGGGGAGCAUGGCGGGGUAGCUGCCACCUGGCCUGGGGACCAUGCUGGGGACGAGGGCUCCCCGGGGCAGGGCCACUCGCAGCAAGUUGAAGGAGGCAAAGCUGAGCCUGAGCAGGAGGCUCAUGUGAAUGGCAAUGAGCAGGUUUUGUCGGAGGAACUUCCUGCUGCUGUUGUGAAACCCCCCUCCUGCAGUCUGGAGGGGCCUGUGUUGGGCAGCAGCAGUGAGGAUGCUGGGCUGAAAGCAACACACCAACCCAAAGAAGAUUGCAAGGCUGCAGUUGCAGCAGAAGGCACCAUGCACGGACCUGCAUCAGCAGAUGAGUCACUGGGCUCAGAGAGUGACCCUUGUCUGAAUGCUGGGCUCAACCAAGAACAAGACCCCGCUCAAACCCUACAACAAAUCUGCCCCCACAGCAGCACCCAUGAGUUAAAGGACACGUCAGAGGUGGGAGCCCUGAGCGACACCUGUGAGGGUAAGGAGGUGCCAAGGCAGGUGACAAUAGCCCCUGUUGCAGCAUUUACAGAGCAGCAGGAGGACACGGAGAGCGUGCUGCCCCGGGCAGCGCUCCAGCCCAUCGCAGAGGAGCCCACGUGUGACAGUGACUCCAGCACCGACACCGUCUGUCCAGCUGGGGACAGUGACACUGCCCUGGCAGGGGCUCAGGGGGAGGGCUUGGCUGAGCCCCAUGGAAAGCAAAGCCGAGCUGUACCUGCAGUGCCCUUCUCGCCGUGUUCCUGCCACCUGCAGCCUGUGGAGUCACUGGAAAAUGUGGGAGUGAAGAGUUUGGUAUCGGCUAAUGGUGCCUCUUCUCUGGAUAAAGUUCCUAAAAUGGUGAAAAGUUUUGAUGCAGUGGUUUUUGCAGCAGAGACACCUUGUUCCCCCGAAGUACCUGCUGCAGAAAAAGUGGGGAUUGAGCCCCAGACUGCAGUGGAUGCCAGAGCCAGCCUUAAUGGACAAAUGGAUUGCAGUUCCUCAACAAAGAAGAAGAAUGUCAGCCUGGCAGUGCAAGGAGCUGAGCCUGUUACAGGGAUGUUGGAAAUGAAAACUGAGGACGAGGUGGAUUUUCAGAAGAACGGCCCAGAGGAAGUGAUAAACCGUGGGAGCUGGUGCCCGCUGGAGCCAUGUCUUGACCCCUCCCUGCUGGAGCGCAAGCGCACGCGGGAGUCUCCAGAAUGUGAGAACUUCUUGGAGGAUGGGCUGAGCAGCGUCUGUGCCUCGUCACAGGGUGCUCUUAAAAGAGAGUCUGGGAGUGAGUCUGACCUCUUCCCCUUGCCUGGUGAUGGGAUGGAAGACCUUGUCUUUGGGAAGCAGCCUGAAGAGGAGCAGUCUGCCUGCGAUGUCACCAGCUCCAGCUCCUCUGCAGACGACACCAUGUCCCUGGAGAGGAACUCAUCCCUGGGCAGCGACACGUCCCUCCCCUUCCCACCCGUGGGGAGCUUCGCCCAGCCCAAGGACAGGCACAGCCUGGAUGGCAGCUGCACCAACAUGGUGUCCUCAGAGGGAGGAGAGAAGGAAGAGGAGCUGGACAGCAUCACGGAUGUGCCCACGCCCUCGUCCGUCCUGCGCAGCUCCAUGCGGCCGCUGUCCCCUUUCCGCCGGCACAGCUGGGGGCCGGGCAAGAAUGCCACCAACGAGGCAGAAAUCAAUCAGAGGAGUUCAAUGCGAAUUCUGGGGGAUGGUAUAAAGAAGCCUCCCAUUCAUAGGAGAAGUUUGAGCUGGUGUCCCUCAGGCGUACAGUACAUUGCCAUGGGUCCUGACUUUACUUGUAGAAGUUACAGCCUAGAAGGCCUUGCUGGAGACUCUGGUGACAACAAGAAGCCCUCUACAAACCUGGAGGCUUCUUCUCUGAGCUCCAAAGACCUCAGGAGGAGUCCACUUGCCAGCAAUCAGUCCCUGGUCCUGCUCACCGAGGAGCUCGAGCAAGGAGAAAUCAGAGACUACAACCACCAGGUGCAUCAGGCAUCACAGCCACAAGGAUUUAACUUCUGCACUUCUGCUGCUUCAUCUCCACUGACCAAAUCCAUGUCUCUAAUGUCGAUUAGCAAACCAGUGCUUGACAGUACGCAGUCGUUGGGUGGCUCCAUGGGCUCCUCAGUGCAGAGCGUAUCUGAAGAGAGCAGCAGUGUCUCUGCUGGUAAAGGUGUAACAAAAGUCAGCCGCACCUUCAGCUACCUCAGGAAUAAAAUGUCCAGCAGCAAGAAGAGCAAAGAAAAAGAGAAAGAUAAAGAGAAGACUAAAGAGAAGGACAAAGAUUCCAAGGAGAAGGAAAAAGAUAAGAAGCUGUUGAAUGGACAUCUCUUCACUGCAACCUCCGUUGUAGCCCAAGCAACCUGUUACCACUGUAUGAAGCCUUUCAAUAAGGAUUCGUACUACUGUGCAAACUGUAAUGCAAUUGUUCACAAAGGCUGUAAGGAGAAUUUUGCUUCUUGUGCAAAGGUCAAAAUGAAGCCACAGAGAGGGAUGCUGCAGGCACACGAUACCUCUUCAUUACCCACAGUAACCAUGAGAAACAAAAGCUCGCAGCCCAAGGAGCGCCCGCGCUCCGCGAUCCUCGCGCCCGACGAGAGCACCGUCACCUCCAGCUUCAGCAACAGGAGAUCACAGCAGCCCUCUGCACUCUCCAAAAGUGUCUCCAUACAGAACAUUGCAGGAGUUGGGAACGAUGACAGCCUAAUACACACUUGGAAAUUCCUGUCGCAGUCAACAGACUCUUUACAUAAAAUCAGCCGAGUUAAUGAAUCCAUGGAGUCUCUGGUUGAUGAAGGUGCAGACAUGAAUGAAGGACAGCUCAUGGGAGACCUGGAAUUAGAUUCCAAGCAGCUGGAGGCAGAGUCCUGGAGCCAAGUAGUGGACAGCAAGUUCCUACAGCAGCAAUACAAAGAUGUUGUCAAACGGCAAGAUGUGAUUUACGAGCUAAUGCAGACAGAAAUGCACCACGUCCGCACCCUGAAGAUCAUGAGCGAUGUGUACAGUGCAGCCAUGUUGAAGGAACUGCAGUUUGAUCAGCAAGCCGUGGACAAGCUCUUUCCCUGCCUGGAAAACUUGCUGCACAUCCACAGUCAGUUUUUCCAGCGAAUUCUGGAAAGGAAGAAGGAGUCACUGGCAGACAAAAGUGAAAAGAACUUUGUUAUCAGGAGGAUAGGUGACAUCCUAGUGAAUCAAUUCUCUGGGGAGAAUGCUGAGCGAAUGAAGAAAACGUACGGCAAGUUCUGCGGGCAUCACAACGAGGCUGUCAAUUACUUCAAAGAUCUUUACACAAACAACAAGCGCUUUCACGCCUUUAUCAAGAAAAAAAUGAGCAGCUCCCUGGUGAGGCGCCUUGGGAUUCCUGAAUGUAUCUUGUUGGUAACACAGAGAAUCACAAAGUACCCGGUCCUUUUGCAAAGGAUACUGCAGUACACCAAAGAAAAUGAAGUGGAACAUGAAGACUUGACUCAGUCAUUAAACCUUGUUAAAGAUGUGAUUGCUGCAGUCAACAGCAAAGUCAGCAAGUAUGAAAAGAAAAUGCGUCUUGGGGAGAUUUACAACCGGACAGACAGCAAGUCCAUCAUGAGGAUGAAGAGUGGCCAGAUGUUUGCAAGAGAGGACUUGAGGCAUCGGAAACUCAUCCGAGAUGGGCCUGUUUCACUAAGAAACUCAGCUGGCCGGUUAAAAGAAGUCCAGGCUGUUCUCCUCUCUGACAUGCUCGUGUUCCUUCAGGAGAAGGACCAGAAGUAUGUCUUUGCCUCACUGGACCAAAAAUCCACUGUGAUCUCUCUGAAGAAGCUGAUUGUACGAGAAGUGGCUCAUGAAGAGAAGGGUUUGUUCCUGAUCAGCAUGGGUGGAAAGGAUCCCGAGAUGGUGGAAGUCCAUGCCAGCUCCAAAGAAGAGCGCAACGGCUGGAUACAGAUCAUUCAGGACACAAUGCACACCAUGGAUAGAGAUGAAGAUGAAGGAGUCCCUUGUGAGUCUGAGGUUGAAAAGAAGUUGUCCGAUGCGAAAGUGAGAGGACUGAAAGAACAACUUCAGCAGAAGGAUAAACAGAUCCUGCUCUUGCUGGAGGAGAAGACAAAGAUCUUCCAGGACAUGGCAGACAGUUCUGUACAGGAGGAGACGCCAAGCUCCAGGCUGCUCUUCAGAGCCAACACAGAAGAGGCUCCAAAAGGAGAGGAAAUCAUGAAAUCAGCAAUAAAUGAAGUUGAACUGCUGCAACACCUGGUGAACAGGAGCCUGGGCACUGCCCUCGGACAGCAGGUCAGCAGCACUGCCAUGGAUCAGGAGGGAGGAGUUGGCCCCAUCUCACUCCCUAGAAGGGCAGAAACUUUUGGAGGAUUUGACAGUCAUCAGAUGAACGCCUCCAAGGCAAAGCAGAAGGGAGGAGUUUCCUCCUGCAGAGAGGUGGAAGGUCCCAGGACGUGGCGCAGGAGAGCAGGUGGAGUGAAAGAUGAGGGUGAUGAUGCUCAGGACCUUCGGAGAACAGAGUCAGACAGCAUUUUAAAGAAGGGUGGAAAUGCUAAUUUGAUGUUCAUGCUGAAAAGGGAUAACGAGCAGGUCCUCCAAACCAUUACCAGCCUCCAUAAGCUGCUCACUGCUUUGCAGGGCGUGGUGCUGCAGCAGGACACCUACAUCGAGGACCAGAAGCUGGCUCUGAGCGAGAGGGCUCCGAGCCGAGGCUCCUCCCGGCCCACGUCGCUGCUGGAGCAGGAGAAGCAGCGCAGCCUGGAGAAGCAGCGCCAGGAGCUGGCCAACCUGAAGAAGCAGCAGACGCAGCACCAGGAGGAGAGGAGGAGGAGGGAGAAGGAGUGGGAAGUGCGCGAGAAGGAGCUGGCGGAGCACGAGGCCGAGCUGGCGCAGCGCGAGGAGCAGCUGCAGAGGCUGAGGCAGGAGCUGGAGCGGGAGCGGGAGGAGCUGCAGGUGAAGAAGGCGGCCUACCAGCUCGACCUGGAGAGGCUGCGUGCCGCCCAGAAGCAGCUGGAGAGGGAGAAGGUGCAGCUGAAGCAGGACGUGGAGAGAUUUGGUCAGAUGCGGCAGGAGCCUGACCACAACCAGGUUUCAAAUCUACAUGAGAAACUUGCCAGAGUCUCCUCCCAGUCCAGCACUGACGAAUCCUCCAUGCAGAAGAACCCUUCCCUUCCUAAACAAGGGCACUUUGAUGCAGAACUGUCUGUCUCCCCCAAAAGGAACAGUCUUUCAAGGACACACAAAGAGAAAAGCACUUUCCAUUUGCUUAGCACAACAAACCAGACUAACAAGGCAGCUGAGGAGCAGACCCAGAUGCCUACUCGCCUCUUCAGUUUAGCCAAACCAAAGGAGAAGAAGGAAAAGAAGAAGAAGGGCAGGGGACAUCGCUCCCAGCAGUCUGAUUCUCACUCAUCAGAAGCACCUGCAGAGGGUGAGGAGAUCUUCUGCUGAGCAUGGACUGUUCCAGUGGUGGCAUUGGCACCGUGGACAUCUCCCUGCCUGUGACACAGCACACGGGUGGUGCCUGCGCUGGACGAGCAUCUGGAGGUUUUAAAUAAAAAAAAAGUUCUGAAGUUCUGCUAAGUGGUGGAUAAGGGCCUCUCUCCUGUGGUUUUAGGUGAAUUCUCCCUGCAGAGGCUGUGCCUGCACGGCACACAGGACCAUCUCCCUGUGCAAACCUGGGGUCAAAUGGAUUGGGAUAGAUGUUGUCUGUCUCUUCUUACUGCUAAAGGAUGAGAGAACAUAGCCUUAAGGGGUCUGUGCCUUCAAAUUCCCCUUUUCUGGGGAAAAGAACCAAAACCAAGCGUUUAGCAAAAGAUUAGGACUCUACAAAUGGUGCGUACACACUGGCAUAUAUGGAUAUACUGUAUAUGUACAUAUAUGUAUCUAUGUAUCCACUGGGAUAUGCUUACAGUCCCUACUGCCAAGGUCCACCCGUGGGGAUGGAUGAUACCUGAGGACUUUCAGGGAGUGUGUAGAUAUUAAAUAUCUUGCCCUUACUGCUCCGGCUGUAACACAGUGACCUGCACACCCCUUUUGUGCUCAUGGGGUAGGGGAUGUUUGGUUUCAGAAGGGUACAUUACACCAGGAAGCAGUAACAGCAUUCAGAAGCAACAACUCAGAGGAUAAAAAUUAAAAUUUAAAAUCAUUCUGAACAAUUUCUGGGGGGCAGAGGAAUAAAAUGUCAAACUGUUUCUAGAGUCAAGCAGAACAUUAUUGGGUAGAUUUAAAAUGGCACAGAAAAGAGAAUUUUGGUAGGCUGAUAAGGCAAUCCCAGGGAGCCAGAACAGACUGUUCAAAUGGAAAUAACACAAUCUCUUUGAGCUCCAGCUCACUCCCUCCCAUCCCCAAAGUAAAGAUUAUGUUUUUGCCAGAGCUCUCCAGUUGCAUUUGACAUCCCCAUACAAGGCUAAUGACUGAGUUGGGGGGGGUGGCUAAAAAUCUGCUUUUCGGGAUCUUUGUUCUGUUCUUUGUGUUUUUCUUAGCCUGCUGUUUGUGCUGCUGUUGGGCUUCUGUUUGUCUGGAUUUUCUCACUUGCCCUGCUGGUUUCUGAGACAGAGUGAGAGCAGCAGUGUCUGAGCAGGUCAGUGAGACAGGGCGAGCUCCAAGGAGGUGGCUCCUGUCCCUGUGGCUGUGCAAUACCGGGCACUUAGGAACCAUUUCUGGGGAGAAAAAGGUUCUGAUGGACAAACCCCCUGUGGGACAGGUCCAGAGGCCAGUGUGGUGUGUCCCCAUGGCCUCUGGGGUGGAGUGUCUGUGCAGAACAGGAAGGUCCAAGGGCAGCUCUUGCUGUGCCAGCUGUGGGGUGUCUGUAGAGUUGUGGAGUACAGGCAUGUGUUCAGUGGGGGAGGAGAAAUGCAACAAGACAUACUUUUCUCAAAAAUCACCUUUCUUCCAAACCCUGUCAGGAGAAUUACCCAAGUGGAUUUGUAAAUGGUUACCAGCUUCAAAAUAGGUCAAGGUUUUGCUCAAGAGUUUGAAGCUGUCAGGUACAUUUCCUUUCCUACCAGUUUUUUUUUUUUUUCUUUGAAAUAACAAAUAAUUUCUCUCCUUGUACUAUUGUUUGCUUUCAGUUUGCUCUCAGGCUUGUCAUGAGCUGGUGACCCGCAGCAAUUUUCAGAGUUAGUGCUGAUGAGUAUCAGCAGCAUUGAUGGUGAGGUGGAUGCUUGGGCUGGGCUGUCUUGGUGCAGGAACCCUGCUUGCUUUGGAAGCUCUCUACACUAUUAAAACUCAAAAGAAAAAGAGAAAAAAAAUAGAAAGGAAAAAGGGUUGAGAUUUAUUUUCAUUUUGUUUUUUUUUUUAAUAUUAUUUGGUGCUUGUUCUUAAUUGCAAGCAGGGCUUGCAAAAAUAUUUAUCUUUCAUUUUAUCUGAAAGAGUUUUUUUAAAAGUUUACUUGGUUUUAUUUUUUUAUUUCUUUUUACUUUUGCUUUUGUUUGGGGAAUAGUUUGAGGUUUUUUUUCUCUUUCCCCCCCUUUAUUUUUUUUUUUUUGUUUGUUUAUUUGUUUUGUUUUCUUACCAAAAGAUUGGUAAACCAAAUGUUCUCAUGUCCCUGUUUCCUACAAACCAUGGGGUUGGGCAGUGCUGCUUUGCAGCUCAUUCCAUGCCCAAAGUCACUCAAUUUUCAGCUGAGAGCUUUCUCCAAGGCAAAGCAUCUUCAGGCCAAAAAAGUCUGGAAAAAGACACAAUGACUUCAGACAAGGCUUCUCCUGUCAGUUAGUUUUCACGUUUAAACAUUUUGGUUAGGUUAUCUCAUUCCCUUUGGAGGCAAAGGAAAAAGCAAAGCAUGGAGUGCCUUGCAGCGAUGUGAGGCUCUAGUUGCUCUCAAGUUGCUCUCCAGGACCCGAGGGGUGCUGAAGGAGGCACGUGCUGGUGGUGUGGAGUUACCUUUUUCAUAAGAAAACCACCAACUUCAGAAAGAAACUUCUGCCCUGCUGUUCAUACAUCUGCAAACAUGAAUGGGCUGAGAUGAAAUUUCUGGAAACCAAAGCAGUGCAUGGCUCAUGUGCUGUUGUGUGAGCAGAGAUCAGGGCACUGGUACCUCUGAGUUCCCUCAGUCUGGAACAGCCUUUGCCACUAUGAACUUUUCAGUUUAUCCCACUGUCUUCUCCCCAGUCCCAGCACAUGCUAUAUUCCCAGCACAGCAAUGUCCCAUGGCUCUGAGAAGGGCACCAAAAGGCAGAUGAGUGACCCAGGGCAGCUGGGUUGAGUCUGCCUGGCUUCACCAUCUCUCCUGACCUGUGCAAAUCAAAAAGAGCAUUCAGUGCCUGAAGUGCAAAUACUAUUGGCUAAGUGAUCUCCCAAGGUCCCUGUGGUUCCUUGACAGAAACCACAGGUGUGAGUCAGAAAUACACUGACCACAAAUCCUGUGUACCAAGCUGUUUGUGUCUUAAAUUCUGGUGGACAGACCCUUGUCCCUGGAGGAUGUCUGUUACUGUAUGAUUCACUUUUUUGGAAUGAAGCCUCUCCUCCCACACUGCUUCCUCCUUCUUUUACCUUUAGGAAGGUAAGGGCUUGUUUUUAUCUCUUUAGCCUUUUAUUUUUCUCAUCUCAGGUUUUCUUUGGAAAGCCUUGGCAUAUGUUCCCAGAGUCAGAUUGCUGCUCUGAUCCCUGAAGGUUGUCUAGCAUUGCCUGCUAGAGUAUUGUCCCAGCUUGACAGCACCAAAACCUUUCUUCUUCCUGGCCUUAAAAUUGCAUUUGCUCCAGUUCCAUGCCUGGCAUCCAUCCUGCAGUUGUUGAAAGCAUGUUAUUUCUUCAGCCCAGCCUGCUGCCAGUCCCUCAAUCCAUUUGGAGCACCCAAACCACCCUGUUUUGCAUGGGGUUCCUGGGACUCAGAGUAGGUUCAAAAACAUCUCUUUGAAGCCUGUGUUGUUGUUGGAGAAGAGGGUCCUGCAAGGGCUCUUGGAGCUGUUUGUGCUGGUGUUUCUUGGAGGGCAGAAAUCAGAUUUGGUUUUCUUGGGCUUUUCUUGGCCUGGUCUUUGCCACUGCCCAACAGGAGGGGUUUCAGUGUCCAGGGAAAGUGAGAGUGUGGGCUCAGACAGGUGCAGGAGUGGCCAGUAUUAGCUGGGGGUGCCAGAAUACCCAGCAGCAGAGAGUAGCUGUAGCAAAGGGUGGGAGACUCGAUGGGGCUGUGUGGGCUUGGCCUUAGAUUCUUUUCAAUGAAGUGAUCAUCUCAAAACAUAACUUGAUGUCAGUUUGAUGCCAUAAAGCACUUUAAAUGGAACUGGUCUUGCCCCCUUUAAUUAUGGUUAUUUGGAGACAAUCAGUUUUUGCCAUUGCAUCCCCCUCUGUAUCCCCAGCAAAAUCAGAGCUUCAAGUAGGCGUGUUCCUGGUUUGGUUUGGCUUUUCCCCCAGAGGGGAGGAAGGACCAAGCUUUUUGUAUUAUUUUUAGACCAAAGUGGGUGUGAAUCUGUCUAAUGUACAGUCCCACUGCAGAUAGGUUGAGAAGACAAGAGAACUGGCUUCUGUUGGCUCAGGUACAUCCCCUAGGAGAGCCCAUGUCACCUUCACCAUCACCUUCCUUAGGGCAGGUAGGGAAGCAGCCUCCCCAGUGGUUUUCCCUCCAUCUCCUUUUCCUUGGAGAAACUCAGAGUGAAGGAGAUGUGAGGGCAUGCAUCCAAAUAAGUGAGGCCCUUUCCACGCACCAAGGUGUUUACUGUCCACUGCUCACCUCCCAGUGCCCUCCCUGGGACAGGAGCUGCCAUCCCCACUGAGGGUGGACUCUUCCAGGUGUGGCAGCACAGUAACGCCAUCAGCUUGUGUGGAUUUGCAUCCAGAGAGUCCAAUCACUUUUGCACCUUUCCUUGAGUCACUAGGAGACAUCACAGCUGUUGCUGAAACACCCAGUUCCAGUCCUUCCACAUGCCACCUAGUCAGAAGAGGUUCUUCAGGUGCCAAAUCCCAAGGAAGCUGUCUAGGAUAUCUAUGGCAUGGAGCAAGGGAGGACUGGGCAGGGGACACAGGAGAGUAUCUGCUAAAAUCCCACAAAACAUUCCUUGUUAACCAGAACUCUGGAAAUUAUUGUGCCUGCUGGCCAGGUUUGGGAAUUUAUCAUGAUUUAGGGCACCCCUUUAAAUAAAAAACCUCCCCUGCUGCUCAUAAUUCUUGCCUCAUUUGUCAGAAGGGGCAGCAAUCCACAAUUCUUCAUUGGUGAUACAGCUAAUUUUUAAAUAUAGGCGAGCUGAACUGGCCAAACCUCCUACACCUUGUGCUCUUCAGUCAUGAGAAGUGUAACACCAGCUCCAUUCACACCUGCAUUUCCAGGGCUCUGUGCCCUUUCCUUCCACAUGCAUUUCACUGACACUGAUGCUUUGCCCAAGUAUAGUUCAGCUUCCAUUGCUAGGGGGGAGGGGGGAACAGGAUAACACUCACUGCUCUGCAUACAGCUAUGAGCUUUGUAUGUAUUUAAGCUGUCUAUAGGUAUCCAUCCUUUCCAUGCUGUAAAGUAAUGCUACUAUUUUCUUUAUCAAUAUUAAACACUGUCUCAAGAAAAAAAUGAAAUAAAAUUCUAUGUCCGGUUCAGUUCGCCUAUGGUUAAAGUUUAGCCUGGUGUUUAUUUUGUACUAAUAUGGAAUGCACUUGAGUAAUUCCCAGAACACUGAGGUGUAUUGUAAUAACCUGAUAUACCUCUGUUUUUGGUUUGUUUCUUAUUAAAAAAAAAGAAAAAAAAAGCUUUGCCUUUUCAUGUUGAACCCAUAAAGAAAAAAAGUUGGGAAAAAAGGAUUUUUAAAGAAGAGGCUAAAACCUAAUUGCUGUAUGUUAAUUUGUAAUUAUGUAAAAAGUGAGCAGGUUGCUGACUGUAAAAUUCUUCAAUUUUUCUGUAACUUGCCAGAAUCCACAAGGUUUUGUAACAAGCUUUUAUUUAUCUUCCUUUUUAGUUAUCAGUAUCAACCUCUUGUAAAGUCAUUCUUCCUCUAAAUAAAUUUGAUUUUAAGUCUGAGUUUUCUGCCUGAUUUAUUCCCACACCUCUGGUAUUUUUGCCGAUGACUUUUUUGCACCAAGGCUGAAUGAAGAGCCCGAACCUCAACCUGUAAUCAAAUGUUUGCAUUGCCUUUGUCCUCCCCAUUCCAGUUUGAACCCACUGGACU